GUGUGCGGACGCCCCUGCAUUCGCUUUCUGCAUGGUACUUGCGAGCUGGACUCCCGCUGCCAAUUCUGCCACAUGGAGCACGGGAGGCCCAAAGAGAAGUUGGACAAGCAGCGCCGGAAGUUGAUGGAGACGCUGAAUGAGACCCAGGUGCUUUCGCUGCUUCUACCCCACAUCCGCGCCAGGGCUCAGGACAAGGGUCUGGCAGAGCAGAUGGCGCCCUUGAUCCAGCUGCUGGAAGAGACACUGAGCAGCAUGGACGCCACGGCGGUUCCACGCAAUGCCUCCA